AUGCGUGGAUACGAUGCGAGGUUUUACUGACCACGACUGGCUGGUUGUAGAGCUAGCGGCUGACGAGUGGAGGGGAGCAAGAGAGCACUCCAUAUAGUAUAUACAAAAAGGCAUCCACGCGAUAGUUGUUUUUAUCAUCCGCAGCUCAAGGGAGAUUCCGGAGUCUCUGGCACGAAAGAGACGCGAUGGCUGACGUGGAGAUUCCAAUCAUGGGUGAUAUUCAACCACCACCCUAUCAAAAGCAAAAUCCAUCUGUCAAUGGGAUUUCCUCAGCCAAUGCGAACUUUUCAGAAAACUCUACUAAUAUAUGAGUUCCUGCAGUUACCACCACUUCUGCUUGGUCAACUUGGAUAUCCAAAGGCUCAGGAGUGGGUACAACGUAGGAGAGCCAAUGUCAGACCAUGGUCUCUUUUUCUAAAUACGAAUAACAUUAGACCGCCACCAAGCAUACCAAGAUUGAGCAAAAGAGUCAUGAAAAAUAUUGAAUACUUUCAAAGCAAUUAUCUCUUUGUAUUUAUUGGAUUGGUUAUAUAUUCCUUAAUCACUUCUCCACUGGUGUUACUGACUGUUGCUGCAGCUCUUGGUAUUUGUUACAAGGUUUCCCAAAGGCAUUCUAAGCAAGAAUUGAUGGUUUUAAACCAUAAAUUGACAUUAGCACAAGUGUAUGCCAUCAUUGGCAUUUGUUCUUUGCCUGUGUUUUAUAUGGUUGGUGCUGGGGAUGUAUUAUUUUGGAUUCUUGGUGUAUCAUGGUUUUUGAUAACACUUCAUGCAGCACUUUAUAAUAUUGACUCAGUUUUAUGCCCUGGAGAGGAUGAAUUGAAUUCAUUAGUAAUGCAACAAGUAUAGAUGAAUAGACAUUAAAUAAAUUACAUAAUGCAAAUAAAUUAUUAAUAUAUUAAAAUAUUACGGAUACAAUCAAUCUCAAAAAUAACUUGAACGAAUUUGUAUUAUAUAUAGGGUUAUGUUAAAACGAUCGAAUUUACAAAAACCAUUGUGAGCCAUCUAUGGUAUGGUAAUAAUGAUGUACUAGAUUUAUAUGCUGAUAGUAUUUAAUGGGCACACCGUAAAUAAUUCCAUUUUAUAAAAAAUUAUACGAAGUUUGGUAAAAAUACGAUAAA